AUGGGGAGGAAGUCGGCGCCAAUUGGCAGCCGGUACGGCCGCGUGUGCGAGGAGCUGCUGGAGAUGGGCGCCCGGGUCGCCGUGCGGUCCUACGGGCACUGCCCCCAGACGGGGCGCAUGUACUACAAGCCCCCCUCGACUCCGGCCACCGGCACCGCCGACGGCAGCCGGAACGGGGAGGAGUCCGCGUCCAGAGAGGCCGGAGCAUCGGCGGCGGCCGCGAGGAGGCAGCAGCAGCAGGCGGCGGCCAAGGUGGAGUUUCACGCCUCGGAGUUCAUCUUGUACGGCGGCGGGAAGGAAGAACCGAGACAUUGCUCGAGAUGA